AUGCUCGUCUUUCUUUUUAUCGUUGCUGCAAUUUAUACAUCAUUUCCACAUACUAAUGCUGCUUCAGAUUGUAGUGUAUGCGAAUUGAAUGAAUAUUAUAAUGCGACAAAUGGUUAUUCGUGUUUUCAUAUAAGUAAUGGACAAGUCGCUUGUACUUGUCCCGAUCAACGCUAUACACUUGAUCAACCUUGCCGUAUUUGCGAACGUAAGAAUAUAUGUGGUGAUGAUCCAAAUAAUUUAUGUGCAGAGUUAUCACCAACCUCGUUUACUGAUAACAAUGAUAGUACUGCACACUUCGCUUGUUUUUGCACUGACACUAGCUUCUAUAUUGGUGAACCUUGUCCAUCAAUUCCUACAACACCGAUAACUACCACAACAUUAUCAGUCCCCAUAUCAUCGACAAUUGUUACAACAAUAGGACCCCUUACAAGACCGACAACUACUAGAACAUCGACAGUUGUUACAACACAGACAAGUACCAUAACAACGGGAACUACUAGAACAUCGACAGUUGAAACAACACAGACAAGUACCAGAACAAUGGGAACUACUGCAUAA